UCAAAUGACCCAUCGAUUCAUGUGCAACGGGAGCAGCAGGUAUGAUAUGACAUGCUUUUUUUUAAUGGGCUAUUCAAAUUCAAGUCUUUUCUCAUCAUGGUCAUCCAAAAGGAUAAGUAAUCAAGUUGGCUGACAAUGGAUGUAUGCUACCCUACGCACGCACGCACGCCUACGUAUACUCCAUAUUAGCGUGACUUUAUGCAAGAAGAAAGUCACUAAAAAGAUUAAAUGUUCUGCUUGACUCUUUCCUUCAUCAUUGGACUCACGCAGGAGUGCAAAAGUGAUGGACAUGAGCAUGCUAAUGGCAAUACUUGCGGGCACAACAACUAUACAGACUCUCAAAUCAGUUCUCGGCGGAACUGUUUCACUAUACAAAGCUACAACUCAUUAUCACCACCUGUAAAGCGGGACGUUGCUGCAGAGUUUUCAAUAGAUAAGAGAGCCGAGUACAGUAAGUACAUCGAAGAAAUCAGGACAGAAGUUGCCGAAACGCUAGAAAAGCGGGAUAUCUCAGAACCAUCGGAUGGUUAGUAAGAAUUAUAGAUUAUAAUUGCAGAUGAUUUGUCAAUAAGGUGUUUGUUUCA